UCCAAACAGAUUAGCAAACGGGAAACGGCCCAUUUCCGCUAACCCGAUUCGUCAAAAUCCAACCGAGGGGUUUCCCUAGCUCCAUGGCUGCCGCCGCCGCCACCAUCGUGCAUCCUUCGUGUCCUUGCCGCCGCCACCACCAUCGUGCAUCCUUCGUGUCGGCCGCCACCGUGCAUCCAUCACGCCCUCUUGCCGCCGCCAGCCCGGUGCAUCUGCAACUGCAACGUGGCAUGGCUGGCGCGGCGCGCGCAGCCUGGCACCUGCCUCUGCCGUCGGCGCCAUCACCUGCUGCCUGUUGGUUCAUCACGAGCUUGUGGCUUCUCUACUGGGGCCUAGCCGCCAUCGAAAUCGAGAUGCUCGCCUGCGGCAAGGGCUGCCCCGUGGUCGCCAAGACGUGUGAGCCUGCAAGGUCGUCGCUGUCGCCGGGGUGUCAUUUUGCGCUCGUCCUCUCCUUUGGUGUGCAGCACUGCAGCGUGCUACCAGGCCAUCCGCUACCGACAUCGAGACAACCAAGGUUCGAAGGGGUUAAUAGUGCUUUCUGGAUCCCAAUUUUGCUCGCGCGCUGCUGUGAAUUUGGUAGGUGUAAUAUGAAGUUCUGCACCUACAUACGGCAAUCCCUGUUGAUUUGUUUCUGCACCUGCAGGGUGCUUGUUUCGAAGAGCUUCGCCGCAAUGCGCGAAUCGUUGCAAUUCAUCCUGCUCCUGGCCGUUGGUGCUCUUCUCAAGGGACUUGCCUUUGUGUGUGUGUGUGUGUGUGUGUGUGUGAACAGGGUUCAGUUAUCUUUGACGUGGGAGCAUUGGGGAUGGACAUGUUGAGGUAUGCAUCGUCUGACCUGGGGCUCUGAUACGGCGUGGGCGAUGAGGUGAGCGCAGAGGGGAUUGGAGGAAGAGAUGAGACUGAGAAUUGGAACGCAGAGGGUAGCGAGGAAUCCCGGCGGUAGGAACUUCUUCGAUGGCGGCGGCUGAAUCGCCUGACGCCACCGUCGAAGGGUAAAACCCCACCCCGAUAAUCGCCUGACGCCACCGUCGAAGGGUAAAACCCCACCCCGGAGGUUUAUUCCUUCUUCAAUACCUAUUACAAUCUACUAAGGUGCCUCUUUAUAGACAGGUGCACUUCCAUAACUAAACCAAUCUACUAAUUUCCUCCCUGUCCUUCCUUUUCUAAACAACCAGCAACUAGGCCUAUUGGCCACGACCUGGGCUGGGGCCCUGUUUGGGCCGACGCCUAUAUUGGCGACCCACAAACGAGUCCACAACAGGCUCCCAGUGUUACAAGCUGGAAAAUCUUGUGUAACCGUUCAAAUUUUUAGUCUGCAUUUGCAGUGUGUUGAGAGAAAUGUCAAGCAGGCAACUUAUAUAGUUGCUGUCGGUUUAUCAGUGUUGGAACUUA